UUUAACUUCAUCUUCAGAGCCUCCUCUGUUGUGUGUUUUCCUUGUUUCCCCUAUUAUUAUCUCGCUCUCACAAAAUCAUGGCAUUCUCUAGUGCUUUGAUUCUGUGGUCGUUGCUAGCAAUCAACAUGGCCCUGCCAACCCUCGCAACCGUCUACACCGUGGGAGAUACUUCAGGUUGGGCAAUUGGUACUGAUUAUAGCACUUGGACUGGCGACAAGAUCUUUUCAGUGGGUGAUAGUCUCGCGUUCAACUAUGGAGCUGGGCACACAGUGGAUGAAGUUAAAGAGAGCGAUUACAAGUCGUGCACCGCAGGGAAUUCUAUUAGCACAGACAGUAGUGGUGCGACCACAAUUGCCCUUAAAAGUGCAGGCACUCAUUACUUCAUAUGUUCUGUUCCUGGACAUUGUUCUGGCGGUAUGAAACUUGCCGUCACUGUCAAAUCAGGAAAAGCCUCUGAUGCCACACCCACUACUUCCACUACUACCGCCACUAAAUCAAACUCGUCUUCAGCGAGUAGUGUCUCACCAAUUGUUGCUAUGUUCAUUGUUUCCUCGAUCUCUUACUAUGUUUUGCGUAUGCUAUAAGUUUCCCCACUCAGUCAGGACAGAGGCAGUGCUUUCUUUCUUUCUUAUAUUAUUAUCACUCUGUUUUCUGGUUUGAUUUAUCUCUGAGUACUAAUCCAGGUCACUUGUUGUCGUGUAUUAAUUAUCUAGGAAAUCUCCCAUGUUUGUCUUUCA